UUCCUUGUGUCUUCUUCUAUUGAGUCGUCACAAAACCCUAAACCCAGAAUUUUAGUGUAAGUGUAGGGUUUCUGAUUCUGUUUUUCUCAUCGCACCAUGUUAACUGCAAUCCUCAGAAGAACUUGUUCCACACUCUCAAGGCGUGCUUUCCCCGCCGCUGCCGCCAUUUCCACCUCCGUCGCCGGUGGCGAGCUCCGGCAAUUCUCCGUCUUCGGAGCGAGGUCCUUCCACUCGAAACCGGAGACCUUGAAUUUCCGCGCCUCUCUGGCUUCUCGUGCGGAGUAUGCUGUAGCCGAUUUCCCGUACGAAGAAGGGUCCAAAGGGAACAGCGAUGAAGGCCUUGAGAUCGCAAAGCUCGGGAUUUCUGAGGAAAUUGUCUCUGCUUUGGCCAAGAAAGGUAUCGUCAAGCUCUUCCCCAUUCAGAGGGCUGUGCUGGAACCUGCUAUGCAAGGUCGUGAUAUGAUUGGUCGAGCUAGAACGGGAACUGGGAAAACUCUUGCUUUUGGGAUACCCAUCAUGGAUAAGAUCAUUAAGUUUAAUGCUAAGCAUGGACGAGGAAGGGAUCCUUUGGCUUUGGUUUUGGCUCCGACUAGAGAACUUGCGAAGCAGGUUGAAAAGGAGUUCUAUGAGACAGCGCCUAACUUGGAUACGAUUUGUGUUUAUGGGGGUACACCCAUCUCACAGCAAAUGAGGCAGCUUGAUUAUGGUGUUGAUAUUGCAGUGGGCACACCUGGUCGGAUUAUUGACCUUCUCAACAGAGGUUCUCUAAAUUUGAAGGAUGUUCAGUUUGUUGUUCUUGACGAAGCUGAUCAGAUGCUUCAAGUAGGCUUUCAGGAAGAUGUGGAGAAGAUCUUGGAGAGGUUGCCCCCAAAACGUCAGACUCUUAUGUUCUCUGCAACAAUGCCGUCUUGGAUAAAACAGAUUACACGCAAUUACCUAAACAAUCCCCUAACCAUUGAUCUUGUUGGAGAUUCUGAUCAGAAGUUGGCAGAAGGAAUUUCGCUGUACUCAAUUGCAUCUGAUAUGUAUGUUAAAGCGGGAAUUCUUCCACCUCUAAUAACAGAACAUGCAAAAGGAGGAAAGUGUAUUGUUUUCACUCAAACAAAACGUGAUGCUGAUCGAUUAUCAUAUAGCAUGGCAAAAAGUCUUAAAUGUGAGGCCUUGCAUGGAGAUAUAUCACAAGCUCAGAGGGAAAGAACUCUUGCUGGCUUCAGAAAUGGCCAUUUUAAUGUUUUAGUGGCAACUGAUGUUGCUUCACGUGGGCUUGAUAUACCUAAUGUUGAUCUUGUAAUACAUUAUGAUCUUCCCAAUAACUCGGAGAUAUUUGUUCAUCGAUCAGGACGAACAGGUCGUGCUGGUAAGAAAGGAACUGCAGUUCUUGUUUAUACAGAUGAUCAAUCCAGGGCUGUUAAGAUUAUUGAGCGUGAUGUAGGCUGUAGAUUUAAAGAGCUACCAAAGAUUGCUGUUGAUAGUGGAUCUGCGGAUGCAUUUGGUGGCAUGGAUGGUGGCCGAUUUGGUUCUUUUGGAGGUACAAGGGAUCGUCGAUAUGGCGAUACAGGUUCUGGCCGUGGUUCUGGAUUUGGCCGUUCUGGGGGCUACAGUAAUCCUGGAUCUGGCCGCUCUGGCUAUGGAAAUUCUGGUGAAAGGUCUGGUGGACCAAAUUAUAAUCGUUUUGGUCAAUCAGGAGGGGGAUUUUCUGGUAAUUCAUCUGGUGAAAUGAGUAGAUAUGGUGGACCAAGCUCUGGUCGUUAUGGUGGCUCUGGUUCAGGUCAAUCAGGAAGCAGAUCAUCCAAUGCAUUUAAAUUUAGUCGUCCUGGGGGAUUUGGUGGUUCCGAUGAUUCUGGUGGUUUUGGGGAUUUCGGCUCAGGUCAAUCAAGUGCAUUUGGUGAUUCUCGUGGCAGUGAUAAGAACAAUAGAAGAAAACCAUUUUAGCGUCAUCAAUAUGAUAGAUUCACCAUCUUCAUUUCUUGAUGGUUUAGUUCUUGUAGAGUUUGGUUUACUGUCCUUUCCUCUAAAACUUACAGGCAUCUAGGCUAAUCCUUCUAUCAAUAAGGAUUGGAGGUUCUAUAUUAUCAUAAGAAUCAUACGUUCUAUGGGCAAUGCAUUUUUCUUCUAUGGGACUUUCUUUGUCUUUGUCUUUGUCUGAGCCUCAGCUCCAUUGUUUUUCGCCUCAGUGUGUAAAGAGAAGAAAAAGAAAAAGGGAGGGUUGUAUUCUGCGGGUUCUAUCAUUCUCUUCGUUUGGCUUAUUAUCUCCUCACUCCCCUUUUCAACUGUCGGUACAUCAUGAUUCUUCUGAAAAUGUGUGUAUGCACGGGCAGUUUGAAGAGGCAGCAUUAUGAAGGAGUGGUGAUUCAAAUUAUUUAAUGUAUUUAUAUCACAUAAAGUACUUAAUGGACAGAUAAAGUUUCUUAGAAAGCUGUAGGGUGCUCUGCCUUUUUAUUUUAUAUUAAAAUUUUGUUAUGCAAGAAUAUUCUCAUAUAAUAUGUAAUAUUACGAAUCAGUGAUGUAUUUUU